AUGUCCAAGAUCGCGUCUACAUUUUCGCGCCUGGUGCGCUUCGUUCCUAAAUCCAAUCCCGCCAAGGUUCUCAUCGGCGAGCCGGUCGAUCCGCACCUAGAUGUCGGUUUAGCCGUGUACCAGGGCAAAGAUGUCCCGGUGCGCCCAUUCUCGGGCUCAUCUAUGUUGAACCCGGGAUCAAUUACCGGGUCGACAGAAUCAAUCUCGCGGAUUCUCUCUCCUCUCGCACAGACUGAGGUCGGAACGAUUCGCUGCAUUGGCCUGAACUAUGUCUCGCACGCAAAGGAGAUGUCCCUCCCCCUCCCGGAUGUGCCUGUCCUCUUCAUGAAGCCUUCCACCUCGCUCGCCGAUCCCUGGCCCGCACCUACCGUCCUCCCCAAGAUCACCCAGAAAGAUAAUACCGGCGACUAUGAGUCGGAGAUGGUCAUCGUCCUCGGUCGUGACGCCAAGGAUGUGCCCGAGUCUGAGGCCCUGAGCUAUGUCCUCGGAUACACCGCCGCGAAUGACGUGUCGAGCCGGACAUCACAGAUGAAUCAGAGCCAGUGGACCUUCUCGAAAGGCUUUGAUGGCGCAUGCCCGAUUGGCCCCGUGCUCGUGUCUGCUGCCUUGAUGCCAGAUGCUAGCAAGUUCAAGAUUCGCGGUCUCAAGAGUGGCCGUGUUAUGCAGGACUGCCCUCUUACUGAUCUAAUUUUCUCAGUGCCAAAGUUGAUUAGCUUUUUAUCACAGGGUACUACCUUGCCCGCUGGAACUAUCAUUCUGACAGGUACCCCGCCCGGGGUGGGUGCAGCUAAGACCCCGAAGGAGUUCAUUAAAGCCGGCGAUGAGUUUGCUGUUGAGUUACUGCCACAUGUGGGCACCCUCAUUAACAAAAUCGAACACCAGUAA